UUUGACCUUUUGGAAUGUGGGUAGUUACCUGGAUAGUUCCAGACAAGCAAGGCGGCCCUUUACUGUUUUCUAUAUCUGUGCUGCUUCUACAGCUGUAAGGGCCCAUUGUAUGCACUGAGGCAGCUGCUGAAAGAGUGACUGGAGCACACAUCUCCUGGAUAAGAUGUUGUUCCACAAAGUUUGUCUGGUUCUCCAACUGUGGCUAUGGACAUUCUUUCCUUUCUGUGCAAGUCAACUAAGAAAUCCCUCUAAGCAAAACCUUAGUCCCGGUAGACCUCACCCCCUCAUGCAAGCCUUGCUGACCAGGACACACAGUGACAAAGAAAGAUCCCUAUCUCUGGAGGAAGCGGAGAAGGAGCAGGGAUAUUACCUACAGCAGUUAUUUCACUUAUAUGGGGAGAAUGACACUCUAUCGUAUGAAGGGCUCACCCUGCUGCUUCAGAAUUUGGGACUAGGAAAAGUACAGGUGGUGGAGAUAGAACACACGGAUCUGGGACAUGAUCAUGUCUCUCACCUGGACAUCCUAGACGUCCAGGGCAACAAGCAUAGCCAUGCGCACUCCAGCCGGGAACACUUGCAGUCAUCUACCACUAUGCCCUUGCCUGUGAUACAAACCAAGAAUGCUAGAAGUGUGGAGGUCAAUGCAGAUAUCACUCAGCCUGUGCACGCUGUGCCCAAAACACGAACGUCCACAAAAAUGCCACCCCAUAAUGAGAAGAGAAGCACUACACAGUCAAGAAAAAGACAGUGGCCAACAGAGGACAUUCUGAAACAUGUGAUUCAGUUGCAGCAUUCUCCGUUUUCUCACCAACAUGACGAUUGCUUGAAUGUGACACAGUUGUUAAUAAACUUUGGCCUUUCUUGGGUAUCUGAAAUCACUCCUGAACAAUUCACCCUGCUUUGCCCUGCUCUGCUGUACCAGAUUGAUAGCCGUGUGUGUAUCCACCACAAUGACGAACUGACAAAUUCAGACUCCGAUUCUAAGCAAGCAUUGCUGCAAGUUCUUGGAUGGGGAGCCCUGGCUGUGACAGUGAUCAGUGCCCCCUCCCUUUUAGCAGUUGCAUUUGUUCCCCUCCUAAGACGCCCUCUGUUCCGCUCUUUGCUGAGGUUCCUGGUGGCUCUGGCUGUGGGGACUCUGUGUGGUGAUGCUUUACUGCAUCUACUGCCACAUGCUCAGGAAGAUCACUCUGGCAAUCAGCACGGUGGGGAAACUCAUGCAAUAGAACCUGUUCUGAAAGGGUUGAGUGUACUUGGUGGCGUGUACCUUCUGUUUCUAAUUGAAAAUCUUAUGGGUCUGCUGAAACAAAGACGGCAACGGAAGAGGCUUCCAAAACCAACAGUGCCUGCAGGAGAUGAAGGCUACACCACUGCAUUAUGGGACCUUGGUAGCCCUGUUGAUUCAGAGUUUUGUGAAGUCUCCAGGGCAGCAGAAAGUGUGCAGAGAAGCAGUGAGGAAGUGGAAAUCAGGCGCAGCAAUGAAAGAGCUGCCUCUUCUCAUCAUGGUCAUUCGGGGCAUUCACACAACAUCGCAGGCAAAGGCAUUACAGAGAUCGUAUGGAUGGUUCUUCUUGGGGAUGGGAUCCAUAACUUCACUGACGGAUUGGCUAUUGGUGCAGCUUUCUCUUCUGGCUUUUCUGGGGGCCUCAGCACCACCGUUGCAGUGUUUUGCCAUGAAUUGCCACAUGAGCUUGGUGAUUUUGCCGUCUUACUGCAGAAUGGAGUCCCAGUGAGGAAGGUCCUUUUUUUCAGCUUGGUUUCAGCCUUACUCUCAUUCGUUGGAAUGAUAAUUGGCGCUGUAGCCAGUCAAAGCUCAGCUCAGAUCACCCCCUGGAUAUUUGCUGCUACUGCUGGCAUUUUUCUUUACGUAGCAUUGGUAGAUAUGCUUCCACAAAUGUUAAACCGGGACUCGGCUGAUCCUUGCCAAGUUAAGGACUGUAUCAUCCACAGCCUUGGAUUCCCAUUUGGUUGUGCCAUCAUGUUUUGCAUUGCUCUGUAUCAAGACCAGAUGGCGUUUUUGGACUUAUAGCAAAUAGAAUACAGCAUUUUUAUUAUUCUUGUUCCCAAAAUGUAGAAGAUCUGUACAGUGUUAAAGGUAUGUCUGUGUAAAAUAAAUGUAAAAAUAAAUAUA